CCACUAUCGGCCGCUUCCUUUCCUCCAAAACUUAACCAAAUUAACCUCUGCAAAUUUUUGAAGGAAUUGGAUUGUCGCUCUCUUAUUUCAAUUUGUUCUUCACUCCACCGGCGCAAUCAACCAUCCAACGACUUCCCACUUUUUUUUCCAAAAAAGUCUAGCUCUCCAGAUCUCUCUGUUGGUACCAUCGAUUCAUUUUUUGAGCGCGGAAAUCUGUCCGUGAUCGGAGCCGGCAGGAUCCAACGAUGGAUAGCUUGCCGACGACGACGAAAUCUGACCGGCGAUGGAGAUCAAAGAAUCUUCAGACCUCCAAACCUUCUCUAGUAAUGGCCUUCUUUUCUUGCCUCGCUUGGCUCUACGUUGCCGGCAGGUUGUGGCAAGAUGCGGAGAACAGAACAUUGCUCACUAAUCUUCUUAAGACGAAUUCCGCACAGAGACCAAAGGUGCUUUCGGUGGAGGAUAAGCUAGCCGUCCUUGGAUGCAAGGACUUGGAGAGGAGGAUUGUAGAGGCUGAGAUGGAAUUGACAUUGGCCAAAAGUCAAGGAUACCUCAAGAACCAGUUGCCACAGUCCAAGUCGGCUUCCGGCAAAAAGCUUCUGGCUGUUAUCGGAGUUUACACCGGAUUCGGCAGUCGCCUCAACAGAAAUGUCUGUCGAGGGUCUUGGAUGCCAAAAGGUGAUGCCUUAAAGAAGCUGGAAGAGAGAGGAAUCGUGAUCAGAUUUGUCAUUGGUCGGAGUGCUAAUCGAGGUGAUAGCUUGGAUCGAAACAUUGACGAGGAAAAUCGCUCAACAGGGGAUUUCUUAAUUCUUGAAGGUCAUGAAGAGGCUCAAGAAGAAUUGCCUAAGAAAGCUAAGUUCUUCUUCAGCACUGCUGUGCAGAACUGGGAUGCUGAUUUUUAUGUCAAAGUUGAUGACCAAAUUAACCUUGAUCUCGAGGGAUUAAUUGGACUCCUGGAACGCCGCCGAGAUCAAGCCAGUGCUUAUAUUGGAUGUAUGAAGUCAGGAGACGUUGUAACAGAAGAGGGAAAACAGUGGUAUGAGCCAGACUGGUGGAAAUUCGGGGAUGAGAAAUCGUACUUCCGCCAUGCAGCUGCUCCACUUAUCAUACUCUCAAAAAAUUGGGCUCAAUACAUUAACAUUAACAGUGCAUCUCUAAAGACCUACGCUCAUGAUGAUACAUCAAUCGGAUCUUGGAUGAUGGGUGUCCAAGCAACAUACAUAGAUGACAAUCGCCUUUGCUGCUCUAGCAUAAAGCAAGAUAAGGUCUGUUCCCUGGCCUGAUCAUCAGAGGAGCCGGGUUCCUCCUGUCUCGUGAUUCUUUUGCUUCGGCGUACUGGGAGAAGCUGUUGUCGGGAUAUCCUUCUUGACAACAUCUAUUCAUUGGAUCCACCUCCAUUCAGGACCGGUGGAUUUCAGACCGAUUCUUUUUACACUCAGAGGUACGCCAGCUGCAGAUUCUUUUGACGGUAAGCAACAGGCUCAAACUAGAUUUUUGUAUAAAUCUAGUGUGCCGGUUGAUUGCAUUAUCUAGGCACGGAAUGAAGUUGCAAAUUACAACAGAGGGUUGGUCUUUGAGUAGAAUCCCCAGAGUAGAGUUGUUGAUUGUGUGUCGACGAGGCUUCUUUUGGUUCUCUAGUUUGUUAGUUUGACAUCAGUUGUACAUGUAUCUGCGGAGCAUUCGAGCCUGCUCAAGUAUUUAAUAGGUUAACUAACUCAUCAAAAUGACUCGCAAACACUCAAAAGGCCAUGAAUCAAUGAGUAUCGAAGUGUAUGACUAAUGUGUAAGAUUCCUUUUGAUAACCUCAAGACUGGAGACUAUAGCUCCAUCAUUGGGAGGAGCUAUGCUUACAUUUAGACGGAGUCCAUGAAGUUGGUUCAACGCCUUGAAAUUUCUCAAACGUGAACUCCUCUUAGAAUCUUUCUACAGUAUCACUUGCGAGGGAAGGAUAAGAGGAUGCCGACCUUCAAGAAGAUUCCAUGUAGUUCUCUCGUGCGAAGUUGGUUUAAAGCUUUGAGUUUUCUUAGAAUUUCAACUGUUCUUAAAAUCGUUGCCACAAUACCAAUUGAGGGGAAGGGAUAAUCGAUAAGAG